CAAUGGCAACGCCUCUCGAUCUCCCACAGUUUCUCGGCUAUUGUCUUACGGUUCUCACGUGUAAAUGUGCGUAUGCAGACCGGAUUGAGACUCUGCUAUUACUGUAUUCGAUUUUAGUACAGUUACGCCCGCGGGGAGCUUCGGCGCUGUGUUUAGCUCGGCCGUGACUCACGCACCCGUGCUUGAUUUACGUGGUUUUUGAUUCUUGCAAUAUAUCAAUUUUGUAUUGUUUAGUGGAGAAAGGUUCUUUUAUAGGGCAUGGGCACCUCAAAGCCUGGGAACAGGACUGCCCAUUGUGCACAGUAAUGUUUUCAGCUAUUGCAUACAAAUUAUCUACGACUUUUCUUGAAGAGCAAAAGGUGUGCGCGGCAGCAGCGAGCGCGAUGUCAAAGAAGCCGGCGGCGCAGCCCACGCUGCACAAGGUGAUCAUGGUGGGCUCGGGCGGCGUGGGCAAGUCAGCGCUCACGCUGCAGUUUAUGUACGACGAGUUUGUCGAGGACUACGAGCCCACAAAGGCCGACAGCUACAGGAAGAAGGUGGUGCUGGAUGGCGAGGAGGUGCAGAUCGACAUCCUAGAUACAGCGGGACAGGAAGACUACGCGGCCAUUAGGGACAAUUACUUCCGCUCUGGUGAAGGUUUCCUGUGCGUAUUUUCAAUCACUGAGCCGGAAAGUUUCGACGCCACGCAGGAGUUUAGGGAGCAGAUCCUGCGGGUGAAGAACGACGAGAACAUUCCGUUCCUGCUGGUGGGUAACAAGUCUGAUUUGGGCGACAAGCGGCGCGUGCCGCUGGACGCGUGCCGCGAGCGCGCGCACGCCUGGCAAGUGCCCUACGUGGAGACCUCCGCCAAGACGCGAGACAACGUCGACAAGGUGUUCUUUGACCUGAUGCGGGAGAUCCGCUCGCGCAAGUCGGACGACAGCCGCGCCGCCAACGGCAACGUGCGCGACAAGGUCAAGCGGAGAAAGAUCAAAUGCGCCAUCUUGUAGGCCCCGCCCCGCCCCCGCCCCCGCCACACAGCCGCAGGAGACACGCGCGCCAUCUGUAUAGAUCGUAUCUAUGACGUUCGCACGUUUUGGUGCUGGUAUUUUGUUGAAUACUGUUCCUAAUGAAGUAGUCUGUGACGUCACGAAGCGCGCAGGAAUGUAACGAGCUCAUUGCGAACAGAAUUCUAUAAAUAUGUUUGUUACGUUAUGAAACGUUACGCUUGUGCGUUAUUUUGUAAUUAUAUUUAGUGUCUAAAUAUUUUUUUGAUCUGAACAAGAAAUGCAUAGAUGAAGAUAGUCUUACAUGAAGUGGUAAAAUUUGAAUGCGAUAAUAUUUUGUGUAAAGAUGUACUUUUUCGUUUGAUGUUUUAAAUUGUCAGUGCAGUGUUGAGGUCCGCUCAUUACUCGUUUAGUGUGUAGGGUCGUGGGCAGGUGCGGGCGCGCGCCGCUGCACGGUGACACGGCAGCAGGCUAUUGUGUCGUGUCGCUCUGUGUCGGCGCGUGUCCGUCCGCACGUGAACACGUUGUAUUUAUUACUUAGCUCGUAAGUGCUAAUUGUGUAUUGGAUUGCAUUGUGUCUGUGUUUAUAGAAAUAUUUUAUUGUCAACAGCUUGAGCUCGGGCACACGAGUAGUGGCCGUGUUCUAUGGUCAAAGUUAAAGCAUGCCUGUAUCGCUAACAUAUAAUUUGUAUUUUAAUAUAUUAAUAAUUUAAAUGCACCUGAAUAACAAAAUAUUUCUAUAAAACUAGGCAAGCUACCGCGGCGGUGUCCGGGGCCGCGCGAGCCAGCACGCCGCAUUGCAGCUCACUUUGUUUGCUUUGUUAUUUAUGAUAAUAAGCAUAACAUUUAAAGUUUGAAAAUACGUUAUUUUAUCGAGAAUACCGAAACAUGAUAUGUAUUAUUUUUUAAUAUUCCACCAAGGUAAUAUCGAAAUAGAUAUUUUACAUUGCGUGCGCUCGUGCCGUGUCCCGGCGACCGCUCGUUAAGACUUACUGUAGGUGACUGUACUGCGACUGCUUGAUAUCUGUGUAAAUGUUGCCGCUGCCGGGAUAUGGACCACUGACCUCUAUAAAUGGACAGGCUAAAGACGUGGUAUAAUGUGCCACAGAUAUAAAUAACUGUAAUUAACAUUCUAACGAAGCAAUAGCUGUCAUUACCAAGGACCAAUCUAUUUAUACAGUUCAGUGGGUGUGGACUGUGUUAGCUGUCUCGCUCACUCAUACCACUUAAUGAAAAAUGAUAUGAUAUUCAUGAAAACGUCGUUAUUGAUGGCUGACAUAGUCAAUAAGUCCUAUUCAUAGAAAUAUUAGGAAACAGUACAUUUGCCAUCUGUUUUAUGGUUUUUAAUGCAAAAUGAUUUUAUCUUAUUUUAAUUUUUAAAAAAAUAUCCUUGUUUUAAUUUUAAUGAUAUGUUUUAGAACAGUUUGAAUGGAACUAUCUAUGAAUAGGGCGUGAUUUAGAUAUUUAGUUUGCAACAUUAAUUUAAUGUCGGAUUUAUGUAUAAAAAAUAUUCUACUGAUGCAAUCGUGGCAGUUUAUUUUAAGUAUCUUUCACAUUCUAUCGCCUUUGUUGCAUGUUAUAUUCAAAUUAUAUUUCGUUUGAAAUUUAAUGUCGGCUUCUCGGCUCUUAUUUCAUUUCCAUAGUUUUAAAUAUGUUUAGUAAUCACUGUACUUCAUUAUUUAUAAUACGGAAUAAUGUAUGAUUCCUAUAUGUUAGAAAUUGCUAGCAAAUAUGUAGGAUAUAUGUAAAUUUGUACGCAUUUUGUGUCUGAUAAUCUCAAAUAAGUCAAGAAUUGUACGACCAACGAAAAUUCCAUAAACAAUAUUGUAUAUUUCGUGUCAUUGUUUAAAAGAAACUCCAUUUUCAUAGUAAACUUUUAUGAUGGGAUAUUUAAUAAUUUUUAAUAUAGAAAUAUAUAAUUGUCAAGUAAUAUAAGUGUAUAUUUUGAAUACAGACAUUGUCGCACGCCGCGCAUGCAUCCGCAUAACUGCCAAUGAAAACGCAGGUCUUGAAUGUUUAUAAUCUGUACACAUUUGACAGCUGUCAGACUGACAUACACUUAGCAUGGAGCCUUUUUCACUAUAUUAGGCGUAAUUAAAUAUGUCUUGUGAAGUUCCAGUAGGUCAGAAUUGAAUAUGACACAGAGUUGGGUCAUAACUUCGAUCUUUAAUGGCACUAUUAAACUGUAACGUAAUCUGUUUUGUACUCAGAGUAGUUCCUAAGUGUUGAUGUGUAGAGGCGUGCCAUUAUCGAUUGUUUCUGACCUACCCACUACACCCGGCGAGAUGUAUAAGUGCGGUGUGUACACUCGAAUAUUGUGGUAAUGGAUCGAGCAAAAUAUACAGAUUUACAAAACUAA